AUGAUGAAACUCUGUAAGUUCAGCUUGUAUUGUUGUCAAGAUAUUAAGGACUUGGAAAAUGAAUCUGAUAUGACACAAGCUAAGGCAUGCACUUCAAGUUUACAACUAUCGCACUGGCCUGUAAGAGGAGAUAAAAUCAAGCCCCGACCUGUCAUGGAACUUGAGGUAAAAAAGUCGAAUAUAGACACAGAGUAUAACCCUGAUAGUGGAGUAAGGUGCUUGUUGCAUGAAGCUAGGAAAAAUUUGGGUACACAGGCAUCUGAUGAAGCUUUGUUAAAAAACAAGCUUCAAGAGAUCAACCCUAAGUUUGCCCUGUCUCAAAUUAUGUCUACUGGUGGUACCAACUUACCGGAAACAAAAUUUGGAAAAUGUCCAAGUGGCUCAUAUGCAAGUUACCAGUUACAGUUCACAGAGUCUAAUUUUCAAGUUUUCUGUAAUAUUGACUCAGUACCUAGAGUGGACUCUAAUGAUGAACAAAAUGUUAUUUCUGUAUAUCCUCCAUUUCCUUUGCAACAAUCUGAGCAGUAUGAAAAGCCAGAUGAUUUAAGCCGCAACCAGGAAGCACUCCUGGAUCAUUUGAUUGUUGAUGAGGCAAAGCUUAAUACCAUAGAGAAGAAAACAAGUGAACAAGCAGCUUCACAGGAAUGGCAGGCUGAAAGGAAAUUUCGGUAUACAGCAAAUUUUUACAAUUUCCACACAAUUGUAAAAAGGCAAAGGAAUCAUGACACUCUAGUAAAUAACCUGCUUCACCCCAAACCAUUCACUGCCAAACAAACUGCACAUGGGAAAACCUAUGAGCGUGUAGCCUUAAAAGAAUAUGAAAAAUAUAUGUUUUCAACGAGGAACCCAGUUUCAGUGUUCAAAAGUGGCCUUGUUGUCAGUAUGGCCUCUCCCUCUUUAGCAGCAUCACCAGAUGGCCAGGUCAUUGACCGAGGCUGUAGCAAGCCUUUUGGGCUGGUAGAGGUUAAAUGUCCCUACUCUAAAUUUCAUGUGAGUCCCUUAGAAACAUGUGCCGAUGAACGUUUCUUUGCAGAAAAUGUAAAUGGAAAGCCAAGGCUGAAAAGGGGGCAUCAGUACUACUUCCAGAUACAGGGUCAACUAGGUAUUACAGGAGCAAGUUGGUGUGACUUUGUUAUCUAUACUAACAAAGGCAUGAGUAUAGAGAGGAUCACAUCUGAUCCUCAAUUCUGGAACGUAUUGAAUGAAGGCCUAAAGGAGAGCUAUUUUGAACAUUUCAUAGCACCAGCUUCUGUAGAGUUCAGUAAUCAUUAG